AUGGAUGUAGUUACUGAGGUAAUAAAAGGGAUGUCUACGCCUGUCAGCUGGGUAUCACACAGUGAGACACCACAUACAUUCAUACCAAGACAGUUUAAGCUUAAUGGCCUGCACAUCAAGCAAAACAAUGUCAAAUAUAUUUUGAAGCUAUGUCUAAAAGUAUAUUAAAGCAGAAAUGUUAAUUGUUAAAACUUGGGUUACACUCUCAAAAACGGUGUCUUCCUAUCACUGGUGGAAACACUGUGCGCCAUGGCUGAGGAUUUAUUAAGUUUAUGAGUGUGGCUUGUCUUUGUGAGCAGGUGAGAUGAUAGAAAACCUUUAAACAACCAUGUGUGUGUUUUUCUAAAUCAGUCUGUGUGAAGGUGUGAGGAGAGAAAAACCUGGCUGGUAACAACUGAGCGGCUGUGGACCUGUCUGUCUGUCUGUCUCUCCUUCUCCCAGCCUGUGGUGCGUGAGCGCGCCGCAAUUCUGAUCGGCGCGCGGAUGAUGAUGAUGAUGAGAGCGUGACCUCACCGCUUUCUGCACAGCUGCUGGAGAGAGGGGGGAGACACACGGAGAGAGAAAGCGAGAAACAGAAACACGUUGAGGGAGACAGAGCGAGAGAGAGGUACGGGAACACAGCGGAGAACAUUCACAACACAGGGGGAACUGCUCGGCGCGCGCUGGGGGACUCUGUCGCGGGGCGUCCGUUUGGCUGCUUUCCGCCGGUCCUCCUCCCAGAAUGUUCUGUGCCCCCGGUUCAUUUCUACGGUACACGAACCAGUCGCCGCGGCGUCCCCACGGACACUGAAGCCCAGAUGCUCACCCUCUCCGCCGACAUGGACGAGUCUUCGUCUCUGCUGGAUCUGCUGGAGUGCUCGGUGUGCCUGGAGCGCCUGGACACCACGGCCAAGGUGCUGCCGUGCCAGCACACCUUCUGCCGCCGCUGCCUGGAAAACAUUGUCAGCUCCCGGAACGAGCUCCGCUGCCCGGAGUGCCGCAUCCUGGUGGACUGCGGGGUGGACGACCUGCCGGCUAACAUCCUUCUGGUUCGCCUCCUGGACGGUAUUAAGCAGCGGCCCCAGCGAGGGAGCGGAGGAGGAGUAGGAGCAGGCGGCAGGCAGUCCCUGGCCGGGGGCUCGCUGCAGGGGUACGCAGCCGGGAUAUCCGCUUCUCCCCCGGGCAGUGCGAUCAGAGAGCUGCCAGUAGCCGUCAGGAGCUCCCCUGUUAAGAAUAUACCAGCGCUGCCUUGCGGUAAAGCCCUCUACUCCUACGAAGGAAAAGAACCAGGCGAUCUCCAGUUUUCCAAGGGUGACAUCAUCAUCCUGCGACGCAAGGUGGAUGACAACUGGUACCACGGCGAGCUCAACGGCUGCCAUGGUUUCUUGCCUGCCAGUUACAUCCAGUUGCUGCGUCCCCUGAGCCAAACUCCACCCCAGGGCAAAGCGCUGUAUGACUUUGAGGUCAAAGAUAAAGACCAGGAUAAAGACUGUCUGGCCUUCAGCAAGGAUGAGGUGCUGACAGUAAUCAGGCGAGUGGACGAGAACUGGGCAGAAGGCAUGCUGGGAGACAAGAUUGGCAUCUUUCCCAUUCUCUAUGUGGAGCUAAACGAAACAGCCAAGCAGUUGAUGGAGAUCGACAAGCCCACGCCGACUAACGCACCAGGUCCGAGCUCCGAGCCGGCUCCGUUGGGCUCCUGCUCUCCUGGCCCCUCCCCCAGCGCCUCGCCGUCCAAUGGAAAUGGCUCUGGUCAUCGGAGAGGUGAAGGGAAGAAAAACGCCAAGAAGAGGCAUUCGUUCUCUGCGCUGUCUGUCAGCCAGAGGGCCGCGCAACUCAACAACAGACACAGUAUGGAGAUCUCCCACCCGGUCCUCAUCAGCUCCUCUGACCCCAGAGCUGCUGCACGCAUCCAGGACACAUCUCACCCGGGUCCCUCUCCCUCCUCGGCAGGGGUACUGGUGCCCCCCAAAGUGGCAUCCAUAACCUCUGAGCUGCUGGCCCAUGCCAAGGUGCAGCUGCCACUCAACAUAUAUCUGGCUCUUUACGCCUACAAGCCCCAGAAGGCUGACGAGCUGGAGCUUAGGAAAGGGGAGAUGUAUCGGGUGACAGAGAAGUGUCAGGACGGGUGGUUCAAAGGCACCUCGCUGAGAACUGCUGCCUCCGGUGUCUUCCCGGGAAACUACGUCACCCCCGUGUCCAGGGCUCCGUUUGGAGCUGGUGCUUCUCGAAGCUCAUGUUUGUCCAGUCCAGUGGGUGGAGGAGGAGGAGGAGGAAGUGGUUGUAGUAAAAUAUCCGACCCAUCAUCCCCAGGGUCCCCAGGGCCCUCUUCGUCCCGUCCCUCCACCCCGCUGGUAAACUCAACCAACUCUGUUAACCCCGCCAGUCCAGCCUCCUCUCCGCAAACUGCCGCUGCCCAGCUAAAGAACUGCCUGCGCUCCAGUCAGCACACGGUUAACCAGGCACGCACCUCAAUGCAGCUGGUCCACAGUCCUCCUGCCGGAAGCCCAGAACGCCCCACGGUGGCCCUCUCCCCCCUGCGUCCCCAGAGUUCCUCCCCCUCACGCUGCCCGGGCCAAUCAGGUCGUCCUCUCUCCAUGGUGUCUCCUGGACCCAGCUUAGGGCCGUCACCCCUCUCCUCCCCCGCCUCCAGGCCCCUCCUCCCACUCUCCUCUCCUCUGUCUUGUCUCACGCCUCCUAACGUGUCAGCCGUGCUCCUCAACGGGGACCCAUCCAGCCCCCUGCAGCCGCCAUCGCCGGGCCCCUCCCACGCUCCCACCCAGGGCGUCCUCGCACCCAAAGCAGAGAAGAAGGAGAGGAAAGCAGGAGGUUUAUUAAAGCUCCUGUCAGGGGCGGCGGCCAAGAAGAAACCACGCUCACCUCCCUCCUCCCCGCCCACCCACGACCCCUCGUUGGCCGGCCAAGGCGCCGUCGCCACCGACCCGGCCCACCAUCCUCACCACCAUCACCACCACGCUCGCUCAGGUUCCUGUCCGAUGGCUUCGCAGGGGCGAGCCGGCUCCUGUCCAAUUGAGAGUGAGAUGGCGGGCGCUAUUGGGCUGGAGCCUCUGCACAGGAAGUCCGGUUCUCUGGACACCAAUUUCCCCUUGUCACCCCCGCCGACACGUGCUGGCAACGCUCUGAUGGUCCUCCGGCCUGAACCCAAACCCUUGUCCAGAGAGAGGUAUCGUGUGGUGGUCCCCUACCCGCCCCAGAGCGAGGCUGAGAUCGAGCUGCGGGAAGGGGACGUGGUGUUUGUCCACAAGAAGAGGGAGGACGGCUGGUACAAAGGCACCCUGCAGAGGACGGGACAGACCGGCCUGUUUCCCAGCAGCUUCGUCGAGAGCUUCUGAGCUGGAGAAAAAAAAAUGGACAAAGAACAAAACACUGUUCGUGUUCCUGAGUCGCAAAAACACACAGGCUUCACGGCUAUACACACACACACCAAGAGUGGACCGACAUUGGUUUCUAAGAAUUACACUUUUGGAUUAAAGAUAGACACUGCACAAAUAAAUUUGCUUUAAAAAGCUACUAAUUAUUCUGGAUUUCAAUGGAAAGUUUUAGUUUUACAUGAUGGUCAAAAUGCUUUUUUAAACACUGAAAUAAUCAAAUUAGAAGCUGUUGAAUACUGGCACAAAAUAUCAUUAUUGGAAAUUGUCUUUAGAAUCCCAUAUCGGUCCAACUAAUUCACACACACACACUUACACGCACACACACACACACAAGCAGGAAAGUUAAACCCAAUUUCAACCAGCCACACAGCAAGCAGGGCGGCUUUUCCCGUUGCCCGGGGACAGCGUUGGGUCAGAGGGGCUCCUUUGGACUAAUUGUCCAGACCCGUGAUGUUGACUACUGAAGGCACACAGACUCAAAGAGCACAGAAAGACAAACCUGCCUCCCAGUUCUCCUCCUUGGCAUCAUCCACCAGCAAACAUUAGCACAAAAAGCAUUAGCUCUGCUUUCCACUGAGACCUCAGAACUUGAAUUCGGGUGCUUUCUCUGUUUGAAACGUGAGGAUUUAUCGCCAGGUGAUGAGGGCAGUGUGUGAGCCUACAGUCCAGGAUCAUUGUAAGCACAUCUCCAUGUCUAGUUUGUGACAACAAGCACAUGUUUCUUACCAACCCAUAUGUUAAUAACAAUGCAUGUAGCAUUAUUAUGUUUUUUUUUAUAUAUAUAUAUAUAUGUUGAAAUAGAUGUUUGUGUUGUCCCAAACUAGUCAUGUUGUGAUGAUCUGUCACAAAACAAAAGGUGCAAAAAGUAAAAUAUCAAAUAGGUGAUUCAUUCUUCUAUUUAUAUAUCUUACAUACACUUUGCAGACAUGUUUUGUCCCCACAGCUGGGUUAAAGUGAAUAAACUGGCUUGCUGAAUGUAGGAAGAAGCAAAAGAGUUGCGCCAAAACUCUUAAAGAAUUGAUUUGUAUUGAUAAAGUUGUUUUUUGAUCUUUUAUGUGGGAUGAUAGAGACAAAGAAUGCACUUGAUAAUAUCUGAUAAAACCUGCCAAUAUAGCUAUACAUAUACAGUAUUUUACACACUCGGCUAUUAUUUAUUUGACAAACAGGAUUUCCGUUGCUAUUCUUCACAUCCUUCUUUUUAUUUUUUUUAAGCAGGCACAAACUUCUCUGGUGGUACAACAUUUCAGCCUUUUCAGUUUGAAAUAUAAAAAAUCCUCAACAAACCAACAAAAAGAUACAGAAACGGGCCUUUCAGAAAUACAGUACAUCCUUGCUAACAGUAACUCCUCUUCCUCAGCCUUUUCUUAAAGCUACACUAUGCAGGAUUGUUGGUGACCAGCGAAAAUGAACGUUAAAAGCCAACCCCCAAUUCACGCUUGUUUGGCGUUUUGCCUGCCUGCUGCUUAUGGUCUGGCACCUGUUCAGUACCUUUUUAUAAAGCUCAGACCUCACCUGAGCGCUGUGGGGGUACAUGCCCAAAAACAUCCCAAGCACAGAAAAUAAGACAAAAAUUUGAAAAAUACAGGCAGAGGUCAAAGUCUCAAAGUGAUAGUUGAAAAGGAUUCCUUCUGUAUGAGUCAGUGUGUUGUGUUUUUAGGAGAACCCUGCAUAGUAUAUCUUUAAAAUAGUGUUGAGAAAUUUUGGCUGUGUUCGAAAUCGCAUACUACAUACUGCAUCCUCAGUUUGUAUGUACUGCCUACUAAGUUAAUAAUUAAAUAUACCAUUACUUAAUGAUUGUGAAGUACUCUCAAGCAAUUCGUCUUUUUUGCUUUACCCAACUGUGUUGAUCAUGACGUUACCGGCCCGAGCUACCAGCAAAUGAAAAUUGUUUUUCACAAAUUUAGAUCAGUGUUACCUCUUCCGCGCAAUUAAUUAGUAUUAUUUUAAGGCAAAUUAAAGUUAAGUAUUUUAGCUUUAAAUGUGUUAUUCAUGGUAAAUUUUAUAUGCAACUCUACGGUUUUCCUCUUAAAGGACCAGUGUGUAGGAUUUAGCAGCAUCUAGUGGUGAGGUUGCAGAUUGCAACCAACUGAAUACCCCCCCCCCCGCAAAAUAUUUAUUUUCCUAAGAGGGCGACAGCAUGACCUGACCUACUCUGCCUUACUCUGCCUCUGAUUGGCUUAUCCUGACAUUCUUACCCUAACUCUAACCAGUCUUACUCCUCUAACCAUGCCUACACUCUCCUAGGAAAAAUAAAUUUGCUCCCCUCACCCCUUGCUUGCCCACGUGUUGGAGAACCUACGGUGGCCUUCAGGUGCCUUUGCUCCACAAAAUUCAAGCUGCCACUUGAGUGUAAAAAUGUGAAAAGUCUCUUCUGGACUUUGAGCCUUCCUGAGUGACUGCCAGAAAAUGCACGACCCUCCCUCCACCAUAAAUUAGUUGUUGGAUUUUUAAAAUUUACCCUUUGAUGUUUGAAAGUUUAAGACAAAAUCCUGGAGUUUUUUAAUCUAGUCAUACAUGCUGGUCAAGUAGUUUAUUUUUGGCCAAAUUUUCAAUGAGAUGUAGGAUAAGUGAUUUUGAUCAUUUCACAAUUUAAGUUCAGAUUUGGUUAUGUGUUUUUUUUUCCUGAUGGAAGCCUUAAUUGCACUUGAUGUGUUCAAGGACUGUCAGAAAUUUGAAAAUCCAACCCUUUUUUUUUUUUUUUUUUUUACAGUUUCUGGCCGUGAUAAAUGGUGUAUUAUUGGCAAUUUUUAAAGUAAACAUGACUACCAAAUCUACCCGUGGGUUAAAAGAAAACAUGCCUUAGGCAUUUUUUUUUAAUUAGCGGCAAAAUAAAUAAUAAAAAUACAGCCAUUUCAAUUUUUAUGCCCCUCCUCUAAGCUAAGAUAAAAAACAUAUAAGCCCCUAUCCAGUACUUAAAAAAUCAUUUGACAUGCCUUCCCUUUUUGCACCACUCCCUCCCCUCUCAUAAAUGAUGAACAGUCCUUAAUUAAAACAGUUAUUAAUAACUAUCCAUGUCUGCCAAUAUAUCCCCCUUAAUCCUAUAGAUGGCACCCUUAAGGCCCGAACAUACUCGGGCGGAACAUACGCGGAACGGACUCCGCAGAGGUCCGCGCAGACUCAAAGCGGACGUCCACAAGGCCUGUGCGUGCAAAGCUCAGAUUUUACGACCGCGCACCAGUGACUGCUUGGCAUGUACUUUUCACAUCGCAGGGAUUUUUCACGGACAUUUUUACAGGAAACUACAACGCGGAAGUGCACUCGACUAUGGAAAUCCAAAUGACUGUGGACAUUCCUCGCGGAGUCCGUUCCGCUUAUAGUACGCCCGAGUGUGUUCGGGCCUUUAGAUGUACCUUAAUGUCAUUUGCCAUCAUUAAUUAUUUUAUCUAACAAUUAAUUAUCUAAACAGUCUGCAUCACAGUUCUCGCUUCUCUAAAGCGGUUAGGCUGAUUAUCUCAUACUUAAAAAUUCUUGAUAAUCCAAUAUUCAUCUGGGCAGUUCUUGCGUACACAAAACCCACAUACUAUAAAGUUUAACACACUGCAUCCUCAAUUUUAUGUCAUAAUUAGUAUGAAUAGUAUCUCAGUAUGCAGUUUCCAACACAGCCUUUUUCUGACUACAGCAAUAUUGCGUAACCAAAUGUGUGUGGAUCUGAUGCUUACAGAAGAAUGUAGGGUCAAGGGGGGGGGGGAACACCUGUAGGCAGCAAUGGAAGACUCUUGUCACACAACUGCCAACCUUUGACAGCUUUUUCUCUGGUCUUGUCAACCUCUAUUGAGUCAUUUCUUUUGGUAAGGCUUCACUGAGUGUACAGUCAGUCGGCUUUGUGAAUCUCUACGUCCUGAACGUGGAUCCAGGCUUGUCUAGUUUACAUCCAACCACAACCAUCUACCUUGUUUCCCUGUUUCUGGAGAUAGAAGCACAGCGAAACUCAGAGCUCGACUCGCGAACUGUGCGUGCGUGUAUGUGUGCGUGUGUGUGUCAGAGAGUAAUACAGGCCAUGUAUCAAUGAAAAAGCCUAGUUAAGUAAUGGUUUUCCUCACCUGAGCCAGAAUGAAGCACAAACAACUACUGGCUGCGUGCACGCAGGUGAGGCUCACUCAUUGGCUGAGCACACAACUGUCUAAUUGGGUCGUAAACAGGUGAGAGUCUGUCAUUGGCUAAGCACACUUGAAACUUCUUGUUAUAUGGGAGAGACAAUAAAUACAAAAUUCUAGAAAACAGAAUUGAGAAGCUACCUAGAGUCGACAAAACGCUGCAGCGUCAAAACAGUUUGGAGACUUGUGUCACUUCUUAUUCCCACAUGAUGUGACUGCAGAAUAAAUAAAGUAGACAUGAGACUUUGCCACAAGCUCUCCACAGACUUCCAGAAAACAAGCACAAUGCAGAAAGGAUACGGCAGACAAACAAAAAUAUCUCCCUCAAAAAAUGCAGUUCAGUGCCACAAGUUUUCUGUCACCAACCUUUUCCCCAGAUUAACAGCCUGAUAAUGUUGUCACACAAUAUUUCUUUUUUAUACAUACAAUUCUGAAGAGGAGUAGCAAGCUUCUCGUUUUUCGUAUUUGUAAUGUGUUCAUGUUCACCUUGAACUUGAAGUUGGAGGCAGCCUGUCACUAAGGAGACAAAAAGCACAAGCAGUUUGUAUUCAUGAAGUGUUUUUUCCCCCCUGCUAUUACACUGUGGGGAAAAGAACUCAACCCCCGAUCCCUUAAACUGUGAAGGAAAGUGAACAAAAACAUGGAGGGGAAAUAAGUGAUUACAGCAUGGUCUGCAGUCACCUUAUGACUGCUGGCAGUGCAGUGUGGGUAAUGCUGUGCGUCUGUAGCAGCAGAUGAAACCAAAAAACACUGAUUUUUCUUCGCCACAUAUUGGAACACACACAUACAGUGAAAGACUAGGGCCGGUCUGACAGAUAUCGCUUUUCUCAACACAGAUGUGAUGCAGACGAUCAGAUUCUUUACAUAUUUAAUUUUCAAUUGACUGAUUUUGUCCAUUUAAUCAAUACUAUGUCACACAAGUUUACGAGAGUAUGAUAUGUGCGGGGCUUU